UUGUUUGCAAUAAUAUAAAGCAAAGCGAAUAUGAAACAACAACAUCCUCAUAGCAUCCUCUAUUGUCUUAAAAAUGGCAUUCUCUAAUGCUUUGAUUUUGUGCUUCUUUUUAGCAAUAAACAUGGCAGUUCCAACCUUGGCAACAGUGUACACAGUUGGAGAUACAUCAGGUUGGGCAAUUGGUGAUGAUUAUAGCAGUUGGGCAAGUGACAAAACCUUUGCAGUUGGUGAUAGCCUUGUGUUCAACUAUGGAGCUGGACACACAGUGGAUGAAGUUAAAGAAAGUGAUUACAAAUCAUGCAAAACAGGAAACUCAAUAAGUACAGACAGCAGUGGUGCCACAACCAUUCCUCUAAAGAAAUCAGGCACUCAUUACUUCAUAUGUGCUGUUCCUGGACAUUGCAUUGGUGGCAUGAAACUUUCUGUUAAAGUUGUUAGUAAACCUUCUUCUUCUUCUUCUACUGCUCCUUCUGCAACACCAUCAUCAUCAGGGAAACCUUCACCUUCUGAUUCCACUCCUACCACUACUACUACACCAACUAAGCAAAAUGAAUCUUCAGCAACUAUUGUCUCACCAUUUCUUGCUAUGUUCUUCACUGUGACAUGGAUCUUUCGUUAUAUUUUGGUAUGACUUAUAAGCCAGGACAGAGGCAGUGCUAUCAUUUCUUUCCUUUUUUUGUUAUUAUUAUUAUCUCUUCAUUUGCUUUCUUAAUUGUUUCAUCUAUUCAGAUUUAUUAUUAUGAGCUUCGUGUAGUAGUAUUAAUUAACUAGUAAUCUAGGUAAUCUUGCAUUGUUUUUCUUUGUUUUGUUGGGUUAAAAUAUUGAAUCAUUAUUGGUUACUGGAUUUUUUUUUUCUUCUUUA